AUGCAAACUCCAAAGCACGCCUGCUGGAUACUUAGAAAGAUCUUUGAUGCAAGGAAAUCAGUAACUGGAAAUUCUCCUCUGCCAACAAUACUGCACUCUUUGAGUGACUUAGGAGGAUUUAGUAUAAAAAAAGGCUAUGUUUCCAUGAUGCCUCAAUAUCCAAAAGCUAAUUGGAGCAAACUGGUCCUUGAUAAAUGGCUUAUUCCAAGACAUCAUCUCAUUAUAUGGAUGGCAUUACAUAAUAGAUUGUCUACAGUUGACAUAGUUACUAAAUGGGGCAUUUCUGUCCAAUCAGACUGCGUACUAUGCAACACUCAACUGGAGGAGACAUUUGAGCACUUGUUUUGUACUUGUCAAUACUCAAAUUAUGUGUGGUCUACUCUAUUGACAUGGCUAGGCUACAACAGACUAGUCAGAGAAUGGGACCAGAAGGUCUUAUGGCUAAACCAGAGAAUGAGCAGCAACAAACCAAGAGCAUGCAUUUUGGGGCUUAGUUUUGCUGCAGCAAUAUAUCAGAUAUGA